ACCUUUCACGGUUUCUGUAUCGAAGGAACUGGUAUUGCUUCACACCGGUCAACCGAGCACAGUCUGGUGUAACUUACGAAUAUGCGACACAUUGGAAGGAUGUGUUGAAAUGCAUGUAUUUUGGAUUCAUCAUAGUGCAAAUUAUGUAACAUGACUUUGCAAUACAUGAAUUCAGUAUCAUUAAUCAGUGUUCAGUACCCAGAACCUGUGCUGCAAUGGAAAAUUAGAGAUAGAGUCUAGCCUCAGCUUCCCCAUUCUGUCAGCUGAUAUUGUUCAAUGGUCAGCUUAAAGGAAGUUAGAAACUACAUGGUGCGGCAGCAGAGAGAAGCUUAGUGGUAUAAAAAGUAAAGAUGAGUACAUGAGUGGAAAAUUGAAGCGGGGACUUGAGGACUACAUUCACAGUAUCUGUCUGUCCUGACUUCAGGCUGGAGGAUGGGGAAUAUGAUGCGAGGUGUGAGCACCAGAGACAAGGUCGACACAGAUAACUGUGACGGCUCUCUAAAGGGUACAGAAGACGAGAUUUUGGUGGUUCUUGAAGACUACCCGUCUGCUGAAAUCAGCGAGCCUAUCUACAGGAUGGGGGAGAAGCUCCGAGUCAUUGCUCAGGAGGCCUACUGGUGGAGAGUUCGCUCUGUUCAAACAAGAAAGGAGAACUACAUACCCAACAGCCACGUGGCCAAAGUGUACCAUGGUUGGCUGUUUGAGGGAGUGGAGAGGCAGAAGGCUGAGGAGCUGCUCAGUCUGCCUGGGAACAGAGUGGGCUCCUUCCUCGUGCGGGAGAGUUCCAGAGAGAGGGGUCUGUAUUCACUGUCAGUGAAGCACAGGAGCGUAAAGCACUAUCGCAUCUUCAGACUGGAUAACAGCUGGUACUACAUCUCCCCUCGCCUCACUUUUCAGUGCCUUGAAGAUAUGAUCAACCACUACUCUGACUUUGCAGAUGGCCUAUGUUGUGUGCUGACGUCCCCCUGUCUGUUGGGCGCAACCCCGACGUCAGAUGCAACUUCUGGAGCUCCACCUGUAGUCAUGAGGCGCAACUUUGACUGGAGGAAAGUAGACAGAAGACAGCUAGUCAGCGCUGACAGCAGCUGCAGCGACAACAUGCUGAGCUACGGAGUGAGGAACAGCAUCGCUGCCUACCUAUCCUUUUCUGAGAAUCCACCCUCCGAACAGAUGAGAGCAGAGAGCAGGAAGAAAAAGAGUAAAUCUGUUUACGGACUCCCUGAUAGCAGCCUCGCAAACACUGAAUAUGAAGAGGACUUCUAGAGACAGCAGAGGGAUUCAAAAGACUGGAAUACCACAUUUCUAAUGUUGGCAGUGGGCUGCACUGCGCGAACAUUUAAAUUAAGCAUCCCAGACAUCAAAGUGUGUUUUAGUUUCUAAUGUGAGCACUUUGAAGGACUUUAACAGUAACGCAAAUUGCAUGACAACUUACAUGUUGACUCAACCGAUGAGACAAGCGGACAACGGUGCAAUUGAACUGUGAUGUGUAUUCAGCACAUGGGCCGGAAAAACGAACAGCCUGGCAUUAUGAUAGCUGAAAAACAGACUUGAAUGCUGCGCUUGCUCCUGGGUAAUAUUGAUAAGUAUAUGAGCAUUAGUGGCUUUCAAACUAUUUUUUCUGUGUUCUUAAUAAAUGUUGUAUGGGAAAAUAUAUUUGACACUGACUUAAUUUCAGCAGAUACUGAGCAACAUAAGCAAUAAUUUGGAGUCAUGUUUGCUUCCUUCUGAUCAGCCCAAUAGUCACUCUUCUUCUGGACCUAAAACCAGAAAAACCAGUCAAAAAACCAGUAAAAUAUCAUUUUGAAAAUCAGAAACUCCACUUUAUUCAUAGCUGAUUCCCUAAGAGAACAAUUAUCUUGCAGAAAAAGGCUGCUAUUACAACGUCAUACAUACACAAACCUCACACACAUCUUUGACAAAGUACUGAAGCCAACAUGAACAUUUGUGCGUCAUGGUUGCAUUGUACAAGAUCUGAACCAGUGAUUAUGAUGUAGUAUACUGUGCAGUCCGUCCAUGUGAUUUGUGUUGCUGUACUGUGGCGUGUCGCUAAUUUUAAGCUUUUGAGGACAGUUUGUGUCUUUUGAACAGAAUCCAAGUUUAAAUAGCGCAGUGACUACAAUGGGCAUAAGUUCUGAGAGUUCCUAACUUCAAAUUUCCUCACAAACAUCCUGCCAAACUGUUGAUAAUUGUUGAACUUCCUCUUUUGAGCCGAUUCUUGCCAGUGUGACAGUCUCACUAAUUUCACAUGUUUACCAUAUGACAGUCUGACUGAACAGCUGCUAUUUAAUAAGGCAAUAAAUAACUGUAUAGCUUUAAUAAAUACAGGCAAAUGCUAAACAUG